CCGAUUUAUUGCUUCUUCCUCACAGAAAUUAAUGUUCAUUGAAGCCCCACCCACAACUAACAUCAUCAGUGAAGCCCCACCCACAACAAUCACAUCAUCAGUGAAGCUCCACCCACAACAAUAUCAUCAUCAGUAUAGCUCCACCCACAACAAUCACAUCAUCAGUGAAGCUCCUCCCACAGCAAUCACAUCAUCAGUGAAGCUCCUCCCACAAACCCUGCAGAAUGAAACCCACUGAAGAACCAACAGAGCUGAUUGAAGAAAAUACGGAGAAUGAAAAACUGAGUGAAGUUGAGGAGAAAAAUCAUGUCAAAACUGGAGAACAUUUUGUGAGUUGCUCUCAAACCAAACAGAAAGAUUUAAAGAAAAGAAGAGCCAAGAAAUCUUUCACCUGCACUCAGUGUGCAAAGAGUUUGACCAGCAAACAUAGUUUUAAUGUUCACAUGAGAGUUCAUACUGGAGAGAAACCAUACAAGUGUUUACACUGUGACAAGAGAUUAAUUCAUUCAGGACAUCUGAAAACACAUGAGAGGAUCCACUAUGGAGAAAAACCGUACACGUGUGAUCAGUGCGGGAAGAGUUUUGCACUAAAAGGAAACCUUACAGCACAUAUGAGAGUUCAUACUGGAAAGAAACCGUUCACAUGUGAUCAGUGCGGGAUGAGUUUUGCACAAUCAUCAAACCUUAAAGGACACAUGAACAUCCACACGGCAGAGAAACCGUAUGCAUGUGAUCAGUGCGGCAAAACAUUUUUGAGGGCACCAUACCUAAAGAAUCACCUGAGAGUUCAUUCAAAGGAGAAACCACAUUCAUGUUAUUUGUGUGGAAAGAGUUUUUCAUGUCUAGAACAUUUAAAAGAACAUCAGAAAAUACACACUGGUGUGAGAGAGUACAUGUGCUUUGAGUGUGAAAAGACUUUUAUUUCAGCAAAGUGUUUAAAAAGGCAUAAGAGGAUUCACACUGGAGAGAAACCUUACAAGUGUUCACACUGUGACAAGAGAUUCAGUCAGUCAGAAUAUCUGAAAAUACAUGAGAGGAUCCACACUGGAGAGAAGCCACAUGCAUGUGAUCAUUGUGGGAAGAGCUUCAGACUAAAAGGGACCCUUAACGAUCACGUGAAAAUCCACACCGGAGAGAAGCCGCACACAUGUGCUCAGUGUGGGAAGAGUUUUACACAAAAAGGAAACCUUAACAAACACGUGAAAAUCCACACUGGAGAAAAGCCGUACUCAUGUGAUCAGUGCGGAAAGAGUUUCAGAAUAUCAAGUGUUUUUAAAGUUCAUCUGCGUACUCAUUCUAGAAAAAGACAAUAUAACUGUGACCAUUGUGGUAAACGUUUUUUUACGGCAAGUGCCCUGAAGAAGCACCUGAAAAUUCAUACAAAGGAAAAGCCUCAUGCGUGUUCUUUGUGUGGAAAGUGUUUUAGCCAAUUUGCUGCUUUAAAAUAUCACCAGAAAAGACACAGCGGUGUGAAGGAUCAUGCUUGCUCUGAGUGUGGGAAGACUUUUUUUACAUAUGGUGCACUGAAAGUGCACAAGACCGUUCACACUACAGAAACACCUUACAAGUGUUCACACUGUGACAAGAGAUUCAGUCGGUCAGGAAUCCUGAAAUCUCAUGAGAGGAUCCACACUGGAGAGAAACCGUAUCACUGCACUGCAUGUGGGAAGUGUUUCAAUCGUUCAUCUUCUCUACACAGUCAUAUAAAAAGCAUUCACAGUAAGUAGAUCAUCUUCAGAUCAGCACUUUCAGGUCUGAUGCUGCGUCCUCACCAAAUGAGACACAAUAAUGCAUCAAACAAUAACAUAUCAUCUGGAUAAAUCUGUCCUAACCAGACAUUACAAGUGACAUGAUAAAGUAACAUUAUCUAAAGUUUCACAGUGAAUAAAGUUCAUCUUCAAAACCAGCAGAUUCAACUGUGAUAUUCAGCUCAACUCAAAGAUGGAGUUCCUCCCCAAAGAACAAUGUCAGAAAAGUGUAUUCUUGUGUAUAAUUUUUCUUCAUUAUAUAAAUGAUAUAAUUGUUUUCUUAUGAGUUUCAGAGCCCGACCGAUAUAUUGUUUUGCUGAUAUGAGCUUGUCGCCGAUAUAUCUGUAUCAGCCAAUAUGACGCCGAUAUGACAACGAUAUGAACAUUUUUUUUUUACAGAACAUAUAA